AUGGAGGACUUGGACUGGAUCUUUCGAAUCAGCAAGCCAACCCUCUUCUCUCCACCCUACUACCCAGCAGUCUUCUCGAUCCGCCUCACCUCCUCUCAUCCCAACAAGCUCCGCAUCACCUCCCUUCUGGCUCUUCUGAGCGUCCUCCUCGUGUCCUGCCAGCAGGUCCUGGCUCUACCCAUUCCCUCCGGUCGGGGCCUUCCCACUACAAUCACCGGUGCACCUGCAGCGUGCACCCCGGCGGGCCACAACUACAGCACGAUCUACGGCCGGGCCGCCGACCCCUGCGCCGAGCCCAAGAAGCGGGACACCUGGCUCGACGGUCCUCUCGACUACACCAAGUGCAUGCAGGGCUGCGACGCGCUGCUCAAGGCUCCGAACUCAACCGCCCUGGAGCCGUUCCAGGGCUACGCCUCUGUUCUGAAGAACGAAAAGAUGGCCAGCACCAUGGCCGAUCAGUGCACCGCCGGCUGUAAGGCGCGGUACGGCGGCAACGGCCGCCGCGCGCUCAGUGCCCUGCGCGCUCUGCGGAAGCGCGGCAUGGCCCCCUCCGUCAAGAUCAGCCGGGACCAGCUGGACUGGCUCGCGCGCCGCAGUUCCGACUGUGCCGAGAACCACGGCUUCGUCAUCGGACAGCAGAACGAGAAGGGCAAGGCUGUCGCCGUCGCUGUUCCUGGCUCCGAGGCCGAUGGGUGCAAGUACGCCAGCGGCACUUGGCCCAAGGCCGGCGAGUGGAAGGACGAGAAGGAGACCCUCAACCUGGGCAUUGGACCCGACAGGGAUGCUGUGUACCAGGUCAACGCCUACGAGGGAAGCAUCACCGGCCCCGAUGGGAAGAGGUACGGCGCCUGUCUUCCCACUGAGUGGAACAGCGAGACGGCGUGCGAGCAGGAUGUCGGCGCUCAGGCUAAGUUUACCGCUUACUACACCUGUUGGGUCGCCGAGGAUGAGAUUACCAGCCCGGAGCAGCUUCUGGAGUAA